GUUUUUUCACCUCUAGUCCCUGCACGGGCACACUGUAAACAAUCAGCACGACCCAUGAGCCCUCGCACCGCGCCGCCAGAUUCUCCAGCUCCUCCCGUUCGCCCAGCCGCCAUGUCCCAGACGCAGUGCAGCUUGUAAGCAGCAGCAGCAGCAGCAGCCGCCGCCGAGAUAAGUCCGCCCGCAGUCAGAAGCGGGAGCAGAGCGUCCGGAGUGACCGGAUCCCCCGGUUCCCGCAACAGGUUGUGCCCCCUACUACAUCCCAUUUGUGUGCCCUUUUGUUACGCCAAGUGAGCGGCCAGAGAUUGGAAGUGGGUGCAGCAGGAUGCAGCAGCGCCGCCCUCAGGCGAGUGGAGCCUGCCAGGUGGAGCAGACCCAGGAUGAGCCCAAGGAACACUCAGUGAAGAAGCCGACGACGCCGCCGCCGGCGCCGCGACGCGGCUGCUACUUCUCGCUGGCCUUCUCCAUCGGUUCGAUGGGAUUGGCCUGCGGCAGCCUGUGGCAGAUCCCCAACAGCAGCGAUCGCAUCUCGCUGCAGCGCGGACUGGUCCUCACCUCGCUGGGAUUCAUCUACUUCGUCUCGCUGACCGACUUCUGCAACAAAUACCUGCUGGAGACGAGUCAUGGGCAGAGGUUCCGCCGCAAGUACCGCCUGAUGAUGUCCGACGUCCUGGAGAUCACCAACAAAAUCGUUUCGGCCAUCCAGGCUUCCUUCUCCUUCCUCGUGGGACUCAUCGUCUGCAAGUCGACGUGCACCAAGUCCUUCGUUUAUGCGUCGCACUUCUUGAUGGAGGCCUACGGUUGGUUCGGCACCGCCUACUUUAUGUACGACAUCUGGUCGAUGUACAAGGUCCACACCCAGAAGAUCGCCGACAAGCUGCACCUGUUGCGCAUUACCAAGGGUCAGGGGACGCCGGCGAGCAAUGGCCACGCCAACGGCAAGGUCAACGGCCAGUCCCCCACCUCGGGUGGCAACAACAACGGCAGCACCCCGGGCACCCCACACGAGAUCUGCGACUACGACGGCGCCUGCGUCCAGAUUCCCAAGGACGGGCGUUGGGACUUCCUCAAGUAUGUCGUUACGCACCCGGUCAUGAUGAUUCACCACGUCUUUAUCGGCACGUUCGGGCUGCUGGUGGUGACGUAUAUCCGCGGCGGUGGGCACUGCAUCUACAGCUACAUGUUCAUGAUGGAGUUCUCCACGCCGUUCGUCUCGCUGCGCAGCAUCCUGAGCACCAUGCGGCUGAAGGACUCGCGCGUGUACAUCGCCAACGGACUGCUCAUGCUGGCCACCUUCUUCGUGUGCCGCGUCUGCAUGUGGCCAUACGUGAUGUGGCGCUACAGCCUGGCCAUCGAGGCCGCCUCCAUGUGGGCGGCCAUGUGCGGGCUGCCGCGGGGCUGCCUCGUCAGCAUCGCCAUUCUGUUCUUGCCGCAGCUCUACUGGUUCUACCUGAUGGUUUUGGGGGCCCUCAAGGUCUUUCUGCCGCAGAAGCGAAAGCCGCCCAACGCCGUUCUUCCGGCCACAAUAGCGGCCACGCCCAUCCCCACCGCCCUCGUAAAUGGCAAAAACUAGUGCAAAUUGUAACCUGUUUGUUUGUAUCCAUGUAUUUAUUUUGAGGCAGAGUUGCAGCCGCUUCCAUUUUGCGGAGAUCUUGCUAUUGUUUAUACAUUUUUAACAAUUAAUUAUACAACAAGGACCCGGACCCUCUACCCACAAGACAGACGCGUCAGGACGGACGGAAAUUGAACACGGAACCGGAAUUGAGAGAGGAUUACAGAAAACAAUGCGACCAGGGACAGAUGUUUAGUUUUAAAAAGACAUAAUUUACUAAAACAAAAAAAAAACAAAAAAACAUGAAAAACUAAGAACAAAAACGAAAACAAAACUAAAACCAAAUGCAGAUGAAGCGAAUAAACUAUGUUGCUUAUUUUUUGAAGCAAGCCCCUAACCAUAAACAAAUUAAUGUUGCAUUCAAUUCUUGCUAUAUCCAAAAAAUCGAUGUUGUUAAUCGCCCCGAAAAAAUUGUCAAGGGGCAAGCUUGUGCAAAUGACAUAAUCUGUUAGAAAUAUUAAUAGCGAAGAUAACUGAAAAGCAUAUUAAAGCCAAAAAGAUUGGCCAGAUGUAUAACUAGGAAUGUUCGAUGCGAAUAUAAUACUGCAUUUGCCGGCCUUGAUCGAUUGUAUAGUGAUCAAAAACGAUAUAUGUAGAUAUCCGGGGACCGUAAAACAAUUUUUGUGUUUUCUGAGAUAAGUAAAACAAGCUUCUAAAAAAGAAUGAAACAUUGUACAGUAGGUUGAUAGUUUGUUUAACUAGGAGCCGCCCAGAGAACAAAUGCAGCCAAUCUUUAAGUAUAUCAUAAUCAAAUAAAAUAUACAGUACCUACACCUCAAUCAUGUAAUUCCCCAGAGUAAUAUGAAGAGAAAUAACAAUUAUAUUGUAUACGUAUUUUGAUUUACUUGAUUUGAUAAACUUGUAGCAUACGAUACCAUUUUAUAAAACUUUACAUUUUUGGAAAUGAAUAUAUUUUUGGACAAGUCCAUUGCGUUUAUCUGUGGCAAUCACAUUUGCCAGAUACCAUUCGUUUGUGCAAACCAUUAUUUAAAUUUAAUUAAAAAAUUAGAGUUUUAUAAGCGGAAACCACAUAAAAGUUUAUUUUACCACCAAUAACAAAUACAUUUGGUUAUUCUUGGCCCUAAACUUAGUUUGUUUAGUUAACCAAGUCUAGAAAUGACAUUUUCGUUGAGAACUCUUCCAAGAUACAUGAAAACACAGCCCAAAAGCUAGAAAAUGUAUACGCAUUACGGUCCCUGAAAUAUAUAAGUCCUAUUGGUUGCUUUUGACGAACUACUACCUAUGUAUGCUGACAUUGGUGAAUGUUUAUUUGUGAAAUGUAUGUGAAACUAGCACAAAAUCAAAUUUUAAUUGAGCUUACAAGAUUAUAAUUAUAUAUGUAGUUAACUAUUUAUAUGUAAUAAUGUGGCGCAAUGUCGCAUAAGGAUGCGCGUUUGUUUGGCUUAUUGCCAAGUCCAAUUGGAAAGCGCGGACUGGACCGGCAGCUCCUAGGCGAGUAGUUUAAGACCGGCCCCAGAUCGGAGGCUCAGUUAUGUGUAGAUGUAUGCGAUCCCAUGUACUUUUAAACGGUACAAACGGACGUAGCCGAGUGCGUAGAUGAAGUGUAUUUUUGAGAGGUAUGGCGGCUGCCCUGUGGCCACCAAAAGAAUGGACGAAAUAAAGUUGCUACAGUUCCAAGACA